AUGGCUCCUCCCAAACCACCAAACCCUACAUCCAAAGAAAUCAUUGAUGAAGCUGUCCAAACAGCUCUACAAACCUCCUCCCUACACCUUAAUAAUGCGCUCCAAGAUACCCAAAACCAACUGGACGAACGUUUUGCGCUUGCUGCCACGGAUCUGCAGAAGCUGAACAACCGUAUGGACAGCGAUAGAGAAACUGCUGACAAGAGGUAUGAUUCCAUGAUGACCAUUCUUACAAAGCUGGUAGCUCAAAAGACCCCCCAAUCUACAUCUCCUAUUCCAACAGCAGCUUCUUCAUCAGGUACUCCUAAAAGCAUUUUCUCUUCACCUUUACAUACACAGCAUUCUGCCUAUACCCUUUCCCAAGUCCAUACCCCUCUUCAUAACUCUACACUCACUUCUCAAAAUCCCCCACAACCCACGGUUUCUACUACCACCAGAUUACCCAACACUACUCAAUCAGCCUUCAUACCCUACAGCCUUUAUUCACCCCCUUUUUCCACAAACCAAAAUUUCUCCAUUCCAUAUGCGACAGCUGGUUUUUCUGCCAGCCAACCUAUACCUACAUUUUUCUCUAGCCAUAUUCCUUAUACCCAGCCUACACCCCCACCCCCAAUACCUACUUUCCGUACCCCUAAAUUGGAACUUGCAUUAUUUGAUGGGUCAAACCCUUUAGAAUGGCUCUUUCAAGCUGACCAAUUUUUUACUUUUUACCAAUUACCUCCUGAAAGUAGAUUAUCCAUGAUGUCAUUUUAUAUGAAAGGAGAAGCUCUAGGUUGGUUCAAAUGGAUGCACCAGAAUAAUCUGUUGGUUGACUGGUUUUCUUUUACAAAAGCCCUAGAAUUGCGUUUUGGCCCUUCAACUUUUGAAAAUCAUCAAGCUGAAUUAUUUAAAUUGAAACAAACCCAUUCUGUAGUGGAGUAUCAGGCAGCUUUUGAAAAGUUGGGCAAUCAAGUAGUUGGGCUAUCACAUGAGGCUAUCUUAAAUUGUUUCAUUUCAGGUUUGCUACCAGAGAUUCAAAAUGAGCUAGCUAUUCAUAAACCAUCCUCCAUUUCCCAAGCAAUUGGUCUUGCCAAAUUAAUUGAAUCUAAGUUAAGGGAAGCCAAACCUAAAUUUCAAAAACCUUUUUCCCCAAAUACCUAUUCACGUCAGCCUGCUCACCCCCACCUAGCAGCACCCACCCCAACCACAGCAAUGCCUAAAACACCCCAAUCAGCCAAUCCAAACCGAUUACCCAUACGUCGCCUUUCCAGCAGCCAACUACAAGAGCGUAGAGCUCAAGGGCUUUGCUUUAACUGUGAUGAAAAAUUCAUACCAGGUCAUAAAUGUGCAGCAGGAAAAUUUUUAUUACUUUUGGAUGAUGAUGAUGAUUCUUUCAUUCAAGACACUCACGACCAGCAAGGCACUACAGUGUCAACAGAAUCCAAUGAGACUUAUUUCCAACUUUCUCCCCAGGCUGCUAUUGGACAAUUUUUUCCUAAAACACUCAAGUUCAAUGGGUUCAUAAAUGGUCUAACAGUGACAGUUCUUAUUGACACAGGUAGCACUCACAAUAUCCUUCAACCUAGGAUAGCCCAGCACCUUAAAUUAUCAACCACCCCAAUACCUAACUUUUCUGUCAUGGUUGGUAAUGGAUCCAAAUUACACUGCUCUGGCCUAUGCCCACAAGUCCCAAUCACCCUACAAAAUAACCUUUUUACAAUUCCUUUUCACCUCCUUCCUAUUGAAGGAGCCGACGUAGUUCUUGGAAUGGAAUGGCUACGCACUUUAGGUCCCCUUGUGGCCGAUUUUUCUAUCCCUAAAAUCUCUUUCAGCCAUAACAACAAUGAUAUCACCAUAACAGGAGACCCCAAAUCCCUUCCCACACACUCUUCUUACAAUCAACUAUGUCAUCUCCUUGACACUGACUCAGUUGCUUCCAUCCAUUUGUUACUUUAUCAACCAACCCCAGCCCAUGAAACAAACCUAAAUUGCCCUACAUUUCAGACCAUGGAUACUCUACCCACCACAAUUCCUCAAACAAUUUCCAAACUUAUCAAAUCCUUUGCCAGCAUUUUCCAAAAACCCCAAGGCCUUCCCCCACCUAGACAACAUGAUCACCACAUUCCCACUUUACCCAAUUCUGCACCAGUCAAUGUAAAACCUUAUAGGUAUCCUCAUUCCCAAAAAGAAGCUAUGACUACUAUAAUUCAGGAGAUGCUUCAAGAGGGUAUCAUUAAACCUAGCAACAGUCCUUACUCCUCCCCAGUCUUAUUAGUUCGCAAAAAAGAUGGCAGUUGGCGAUUUUGUGUUGAUUAUCGCGCUUUGAACGCUGUUACUAUACGUGACCGUUUUCCUAUCCCCACAAUAGAUGAGCUAUUUGAUGAAUUGGGUUCAGCAACUAUUUUUUCUAAGAUCGAUCUUCGAUCCGGAUACCACCAAAUAAGGGUAACACCGGCAGAUACGCACAAAACUGCAUUCAGAACGUUUGAUGGGCACUAUGAGUUCUUGGUUAUGCCUUUUGGCCUAACUAAUGCUCCUAGUUCUUUUCAAUCAGCCAUGAAUGAUCUCCUACGCCCUUAUCUAAGACGGUUCGUUUUAGUUUUUUUUGACGAUAUUCUGAUUUAUAGCUCUUCUAUUGCUGACCAUGUUAUUCAUUUAAAAACUGUUCUUGAGUUGCUUUUAACUAAUCAAUUCUUUGCCAAAUUAUCAAAAUGUGUGUUUGCUGUGCCUAAAGUUGAUUACCUAGGUCAUAUUAUUUCAAGUGCUGGUGUAACCCCAGAUCCAGAAAAGAUAAAAGCUAUACUAGAAUGGCCAAGGCCUCGAUCACUCACGGCGCUCAGGGGUUUUUUAGGCCUCACCGGGUUCUAUCGACGAUUUGUUCGCCACUACGCCUCUCUCGCCGCUCCCCUCACCGAUUUAUUACGAUCCACUAAAUUCCAUUGGGAUACAUCAGCUGAGACAGCAUUUACAAUUUUAAAGAACAAAAUGACACAAACUCCAGUUCUGAGCCUCCCUGAUUUCUCUCAGCUCUUUGUCCUUGAAACCGAUGCAUCUGCUUUGGCGGUUGGAGCAGUUCUUUCACAGCAGGGUCAUCCACUCGCCUUCUUCAGCAAAAAGCUCUGUCACAGACUACAAGCCUCUUCUGUAUAUGUCCGCGAGAUGUAUGCGAUUACAGAAGCUGUCAAGAAAUGGCGUCAGUAUUUAAUUGGAAGGCAUUUCCAUAUAUAUACUGAUCAGAAGAGUCUUAAAAAUUUGUUGGUUCAAACAAUACAAACUCCUGAGCAGCAAAAGUGGGCUGCGAAGCUACAAGGGUUUCAAUUUGAGAUAUUUUACAAACCUGGGCGCACAAAUCAGGUUGCAGAUGCUUUGAGUCGCCGGCCUACUGAGGACGAUGCUGCUGUACUCCUCUCCAUAUCUUCACCAGUUCCACACCUCAUAAAAGAGUUGAAGAUACAUUACAACACAACACAGGAGGGUAAAGAUCUACUAAACAAAAUUCAAACAGACACAGCAAUGCAAACUACGUUUCAGAUCAAAGAUGGACUAGUAUUCUUCAAAGACAGAAUUUUUAUACCUUCAAAAACAGAUUUUCGAGAGAUCCUGCUCAAAGAAUACCAUUCAACCCCAACAGCGGGUCACUCUGGACUUCAACCCACCUUGGCUAGAAUUUCUUCUUCGUUCAUGUGGCCUGGUAUCUACAAGGAUACAAAAGCCUUUGUUAAAGCAUGCUCUGUUUGUCAGCAAAACAAGUAUUUACCCCAAAAGAAACAGGGUUUACUUCAACCUCUAAAUAUACCAACCCUAGUUUGGGACGAGUUAAGCAUGGAUUUUAUAACUCACUUACCUAAUUCAUUUGGCCAUACCACCAUCUGGGUCAUUUGCGACAGACUGACCAAGUUUUCUCAUUUUAUUGCUCUUCCAACAAGUUUCUCUGCUAAAGAUCUAGCCGUCCGAUUUUCUGUUGAGAUAUGUCGCCUUCAUGGAAUACCAUCCUCCAUUGUCUCAGAUCGUGACCCCCUGUUUCUCAGCAACUUUUGGCGUGAACUUUUCAAGGCACAGGGCACCACACUUAAGUAUAGCUCCGCGUAUCACCCUGAAACAGACGGAUUAACUGAGGUUACUAACCGUUGUCUAGAGACGUAUUUGAGAUGCUUCACAAGUGAUAAUCCAAAAAAAUGGUUUCGAUACUUACAUCUCGCGGAGUUUUGGCAUAACACUGCUCACCACUCAGCCAUCAAUAUGUCUCCCUUCGAGGCUCUGUACGGCCGUCCUCCUCCAUCUCUGUUACGCUACACCCGUGGCUGCACCCAACUCACGACCAUUGACUCGUCCCUGCAACAACGAACAGAGAUUUUAGACACUCUGAAACAGAACCUCAAAAGAAGUCGUCAGAGAAUGGAAUCACAGGCAAACCAAAAGAGAACAGAUCGUACCUUUUCUGAAGGGGAUUUCGUGUGGUUACGACUUCAACCAUAUCGCCAAACCUCGGUGACUCGUCGUUCUUCACAAAAGCUUUCCAAACGAUACUUUGGCCCCUUCCAGAUCAUUCGUCGCAUCGGUAAAGUGGCAUAUCAUCUGGAUCUACCUCCUUCCGCCAAGAUCCACCCAAUCUUUCAUGUGUCACAACUACGUCAGUUCCAUGGUACGAACCCUUCGCUGCGUUUCACUCCAAUCCCUACCGAGCUAGCCACCACGGAUGUAGAAGCAGAAGAAGUUAGGGAGGAAGAUACACAAAAUAAGGGAGAUGGAAAGCGAACAACAUCUGUUGAAAAUAGAAAACAUAGUCAAGAAGUGGAAGGGAAAGCUGCGUUUACUUGUGAAGAAAAAAGAAGUGGAAAUGAGGAAGUGAAUACUCUGACUCAAAAUAUAGAGUCCCAAUGUACUUUACCUUCCCACUCUCCCACGCUUCCUUCUAACGUCUCUGAUCCAAUUAGAUCUGCGCCAUCCUUUAGCCCACCUACCCUUGAUCUACAAUCUCCACCGUUGCUUCCUUCUGCCCCUUCACGUGACUUGAUGAGUUCCAAGACCAACACACUUCCCCAUGUUUCGUUGGACACAGCUGGCGCCCCACACUUUCCCCAUCAUGGAGUACAGCCUGUCCACCACAAGGCUUCACGUGUUACUUCUCCUCUUGGGCCUUCUUGUAGUGCUGAUCCACAGAAAGAGAUAAUACCCAACCUUGAGGACAAGGUUGUCCUUGGGCCGGUGAGUAGUGAUAGAGGGCCCACCCGAAUUAGGAAACAGCCCAUGUGGAUGAGAGAUUUUGUUACUAAUUAA